GGUCGCUCUCGGCCUCGUUCUAGCUAGUACCUCCGCCGUACUCGUAUGCUAGAAAACGCUGCUGCUUUCGCUCCGGUUGGGAAAAUCGCGCAAAAGGACGCCGAAUUCGUCUGCCGCCGCGUCUGUUGUUUUUUUUUCUUGAAUUCGCUAGAGUCUCGCGAAAACAGGCACAAACAAACGCGACGCGUCUCUCACGUUGUGCGAGUCUCUUCCGUCCAGGUUUCUCGCCACCCUGUCCUUCGACGUCUUCCUUUCAGCUGCGGCCCUUUAUCGAUCGACAGCGGGCGAAUACAUACAAAUGGGUAAACAGAGCGAACGCAGCUCGACUCGAUCGCGGUAUAAAAUUACACACGUCUCGUGAUAUAUUCGUAGGAUCGAGAAAAAGGUGAAGAUAAUAAUAUGCGAAUUGCGCGCGAGGCUUCGCAAAUCAAAAAACAAGAUUAUCAGCUGCAGUGACUUUGCGAGAGCGUUGUUACACGCGAGGCUUUUGCUUUCCCCACGACACACGAAUCCAUGUGUGUCGCGUUAACUGCGGCGAUCAGCUCGCGAACGUGCAAUUUUUCGAAAAAGCGAAGAAACGUCUUCUCUUCUCGGCCGAUCUUUUGUGUCAGUGUAUCCGACACACGAUCUCUGAUUCUUCGUUCGCGCGAUCUUUCGUCAUCUUCGUUAUUCAGCGUCGAUGGACGCGCGAAGAAAAUCGAAUUUGUGAAGAUCGAAUCGGGAAAAGUGCGCACGAAGUACGAAGUGCAAGAAAAAUCACGACUGUUUUCUCGGUAAAGUGAAUGACAUUUUUCUUUUUGAAGCACACGACGAGAAUACAAACACGCAUUACGCGCUGAAGAAACGUGACUUCCGCUGAUAUCGUGGAAUAUAUAUUGGUUUCUACGCGCGUAAUAUCCGCCAACGGUAGAUACUGAAAACAUCGAUAUCAAAAUGGGUUGUUUCGGGAGCAAAGAUAAGUUGAGUAAGGAGGAUAUGGAUUUCCUUAAAUCGCACACGCGAUACGACGAGGCCACCAUAAAGGAAUGGUACAAAGGUUUCAAACAAGACUGUCCCAACGGCAGAUUAACGCCGGCGAAAUUCGUCGACAUGUACAAAAUGUUCUUCCCGUCUGGCAACGCGGAGGAAUUUUGCGAUCACGUUUUCCGCACAUUCGACAUGGACAAGAAUGGCUAUAUUGAUUUUAAGGAAUUUCUACUGGCGAUCGAUGUAACGUCCAGCGGCACGCCGGAAGAAAAGCUGAAAUGGGCGUUUCGUAUGUACGACGUCGAUGGCAACGGCGUUAUCGAUAUGCAAGAGAUGACGAAGAUCGUCCAGGCUAUAUACGACAUGCUCGGCGCGUGUUCGAGCAGUAGACCAGCGGACAGCGCGGAAGAGCGGGCGAAAAACAUUUUUGCGAAGAUGGACGAGAAUAACGACGGACAGCUGACGCAGGAAGAAUUCCUGAAGGGUUGCCUGCAGGACGAGGAACUUUCGAAGAUGCUCGCUCCUUAAUCCCGACGUCGUUUCACUUUGGAGAACGAGCCGUUUUGACGCGCGAUCGUAAACGUAAAGACCACCACGCUCGCACGACUUUUUCAGAACGGAAAUGCCAACGCCAGCACCACGAAGCAGAAACACCACUGAGAAAUCUCAGCACUCGCAUAAUAAACACAUACAUUAAUUAUCACCCAUUACAAAGCAUGUCACACGUACCAAUGAUAAUUUAUUAAAUAAAGACGUACGCUAUCAUUGGUUCGGGGACCCAAGUUGUAAUAACGAGGAAUACUGAUGACGAAGAACAAUCGAGAGAUUGAAUGAUCGCUAGAUUAAAAAAAAACAAACAAAAGAAGGACAAUGAUUCGAAUUAAGUACUACUAUCUGCUAUCUUUGUGCGAAAUCAUCUGAAAAAGAAGAAAACAUUUCCGGAAAUAUCGGAAUUGCGUACUUAAAUUUUCACUUGGACGAUUGUGACGAAGCGACAAUCCCGGUAAUGAGCUUUAAAACAAGAAACAAAAAACAAAAACCAAAAAAAAAAAAAAAAAAAAAAAAAAAAAAAACGAAACAAGUCUUGCAAGCACGGAGAGUGGAAAACCGAGAAUGACGGAUAAUGAGGAGUGUGAUUGAUUCGAUGUGGAUGGUCUUAUGAUUAUUUCCGUUUCACACAAAGCUUUCACACGUCGACAACUACUACUGGCGAGAUUUCCUCGCCAUUUUGUCAUCCAGAUUCCAGGAAUUUCGUCGAACUGUUGUGUCAGUAAAAAUUAGUGCGACGGAAAAAACGCAUCCAACUCAGGUGAAGGUAACAACGUUGGUCGUCAGAAGAAUUGCAGCAGCAGCAGCAGCAGCAGUUUUCGAAGCCCACGGCUUGCACCGACAAUUCGGUUUACCUGAUCUCGGACAAAUAAUCUAUAUAUCAAUCUUACUUCGAAUUAUUGUUCCACUUAAUUACGCAGACGAAGAGUAGAAAUAUAGUUAAUCCUCUGAUAUGCUUCGGAAGGUUGUCUCAGAAAUACUUUGCUACUAUGUGCGUAGCUCUGUGUAACGUUGCUUGUCGUCGAUGUGACUUUCGACGAUAUUAACAUCUCGCUUCCGCGUUUCUUCUAAAUUUAAAUCAAUAGGAAGUUUCGUCAGUUUUGCGGUGAUAAUCUUAAUCGACGAAUCCUAUUGUUUUCACGAGCGCUCUUAUUUUAUUAUAGCACAAAUCGGCGUAAACGAUGAUUGACUGGCGUAUCGUAAAAGUUUUUUGCUUCGAUGUAGACUGUUCGAUUGGUGUAGAGCUCACGAUCAGUCGAUCUACUGUAAUAUGAUACUGUGCAAGGUAUAACAGGAUAAAGCACAUUUUUUGUGCAUAUAUAAAUAAAUCUCGAAUAUAUUUAAACGACUUCAAAUACGAAUAAUUAACAAUAAUAACAAUAAUACGAUCAAAAGAGCCAAGCAUUGAUUUGCAUAAGUGCUCAACACUAUAAUAUAUUAAUUAAAAUACAUUUAUAUUUGUAUGUGUAUUGUGUUUAAAUAAGUUUAAAAACUACUUGAACUUGGAUGAUUAGAGAAGAGAGAUAUAACCUGAUUUGAAUCUAAAGGCAAAUCUUCUCAAAACUUUAAAUUGUUGGAUAAUGCGUCGUUUUGAUAUCCUGUCGCUUUGUGUGCGUUUAUCAAUCUCUAAUAAUCUCUAAUUUGAAUACAACGGUCGUAGUUAGUCUUCAUUCCAUUCUAUUAUGCGUCAUUUCGUUAUGCGCCAGCUUUGCAUCUAUCAGAUCGAACUAUAGUAGAAGUUUACAUAUCGAGGUUUAUUUAUAUGAUUUCUACAUUGGAUCGUGUAUAGAGCUUUGAGAAUAAAAUAAAAGAGAGAAAAAUGCGUCAUAUAGCGUCAGAGGAUUAAUUAGAGCUAAUUUUAACGUUAGAACUAUUUGAAGUUGGUGCAACUAGCUUGAAGUUUAGGCGAUCUUAUCAUAUCGCAAUGAAGCCGGAACAAGAACAGAAUUUGAUGUGUAGAAUCAGAAGUAGAAAAGUACGAUAAAAAAAAUUUACGAAAACAAAAAAACCCAGGCCUCGUGGUAUUAACGAGUGAGAGGCUUGUGUGUGUGUGUGUGUAUGAGUGUGUUCGCAAAAGACGCGAACUGCGCAGUUGGUCGUGUACGACCCUCUUUUUUUUCCAGACCUGCGUGUUAUCGAUCGCAGGUCGUAAGAUCGACGUGUUGCGAAAGGUGAUACGAGCCGUCGUCUGUGAUGAUGGUGAUGACAUUACGCACUCGCGUGAGGUGGUAACACAACGAAUUGCGAAUUACAAGGUAAUGUCGAUUAGAUAAGGGAAUCGCUUAAGAAAAAAAAUAUAUUAAUUUUAUAAUGGUGCAUCCUGAAAAUAAGAGUGAGAAUGAGAGAACGCGAGAGAAAAAAAGAGAGAAAUGGAGAGAGAAAGAGAGAUUAAAGCAACCAAGUUUGACGUUGGUUGAAAAACGUCGAUCAGCGCGUGCGUUAUUCCUCGCCAAAAUUGAUAUUUCAUAUAUCGACAUUGUUACAACACAAAUAAUGUAGAAUAAUAUUUACAAUAAGGGUCGUAUUUUUUUGUUUGUCGCGCGCGUGCUUAUCAGAGAAAUUCACUUUUUUUGGUUAUACAUACGGUAUUCUGUGGAUUUCGAUAAACGGCAAGUAAAAAAACCAGUAAAAAGUGGAUAAAGCGAGUAAAAUUUCCGAUAGUCAAGAUUUUACAUAAUUUCGCGGAUUAUUGUGCAAAGUCGAUUGUUUGCGCGCGCCAUUUUCUUAUUGAGAAUAACAAUUGCUCAAUCCGUGAAUAACUUGUUGUGAAUAACUUCGUAAUUGAAUUCACAGAUGACGUUUUAUGCAAUUUAUUUGUAACGUAAGUGGGAUAAAAUCUGUUUGUUCUGUAAAAUUAAGUCGCAGAUGCUCUUUGACGUACAAACUUUUGAAUUUACUCGCGAACAUCAUUUUCUAGAAACAAAUAUUGUUCCUACGUAAUAAUCUCUCCCUUUUUCUCUCUUUCUUUUUAUCCGUAUAUGUAUGUUUGUGUUGAAAGAUUUCGAUGGAUUUCACACUCAAUACACUUCCACUUUCAGUCCUCAAAAAACAAAACAAAACAAAAAAAAAAAAAGACAAAAAAACGAAUUAUUGCUCGUCGUUUUUCUUGUGCGCAAACCGAGAGCGAAGUAGCUACGUUUAACUGACAUCUCUCUCUCGUAUCAUGAUGAAGGAACGAACAAAUCAAGCUCUAACUUAAACGCGACACACUGAUGACAAAGACAUCUACUCGCGAUGAGCGGUGCUGCUCUUUGAGGGAAAACAAACACUUCUUUCUAGUUUUUCGACUCUUUCUCCAAGUAACUUAAAACGCAAUACGAUCACUGAAAAAAAAGUCUUCGCACCUCUUUCAUAUAUACAUACGUAUAUAUGUUUAAAAAAACAACGACAAGUAAAAAACACUGUUACUCAAUUAUUUCUAAUAAAAAAAAACUCUGAUAAAAAACUUGCAUCGCGAAACGAAGAUAUUUUCGCGAGAGCUUUCUGUCUUUAAUUUAUUUUCUCUCUUCUGGCAGAAUGUGUAGACGUAAUUGUAAAACGGAUAGUAAAAAAAAACUUUACAUUUCCGUAGAUCGUGUGUCUCAAAUGGAUCGCGGUAAUCGCGAGAAAAGGUACAUCUAACUGCUCGACUCGCGUACAUUUGUUCUGAAGAGGUGAUAAGCUAUAUAGCAUUUACUAGUAAUAGCAUUCGACCAAUUGCGCCUAUUUCAUAGGACAAUGCGCUUUUUGUGCGAUUUAGCCGCGCGGCCAAACAUUCUUUCCCACGUUCGUUCUUUGUUGUGCUUUUCAGAUUUCUUUACGUUUAAUCGAUCUCCGGCACAAUUGCUUUUUGAAUGAAAUCGUACAAAUAAAAGCUUAAAAUUUUUCAAACGCAUUGUUGCGGAAUAAUAAAAAUUGUAUCAAAAAUUCCUUUUUUUGUGACGCAGCGGAAUUUUUAUUAUAAAAAAAAAAUGUUAACUCAUACCUGACAAUUUCAUUCUCGUUUAUGAGUUUCACAGAAAAAAAAAUCUCUUCGUUCGAUUGUUUUUCAGAAUUCUUUGACCUCACGCGGUAGAAUUUUUAUCAGAAAGAAAUUCAGUUAGCUCGAUUUAAUUUUCGGUCGGUUUAGUUCUUUCUUGCAGUUUUAGUUUUGCGGCAUUAAUGCACAAAGUUAAAAUUAAUUGACACGAUUCACUGUAUACAAUUGCGUUGUUAGUGAGAAAAAAAAACUAGCAAACUUGAUUGAUUUUUUUCGCGAAGUAGAUCGAACGAACGGAUCCGCGCGAUAUCAAGAUUCAUGACUUGUGACGCUUGCAUGUAUUUAUUAUUAGACUAGGGUACAUAUCAUCGGCUCCUUUCAUGACGUGUAAGGGGGUCUUCUCGUUUCACGUUUCAUUCUCUAUACGUGCUUUAGAACAACUACCAACUAUAAGUAAGUCAAUUUUAAAUAAAGGAACACAGAAAGAGCUCUCUAUCCAUUACUUAACAUACAAUAUUUCGAAAUAUAUAUGUAUAAAAAAAGAGAGAGAGAAAGAGAGAAUGAGGAAGAGGGAGGUAAUUGAAAUUAUUACUUCAAAUUUACUUGUGAAUUACUCGUUGUAUGAAAAAAAUUUGUUUUUAAUAAUUAAAAAAAAAACGACAUUGCGUGAUGGAAAGACACACAAUAUAAUUACUUUUUUAUUUACAUAUCUAGGAGCCGCAUACAAAUGUAAAUUGUUUGUUUGAAAACGUUUAUUGUCGUACAAACGAGUGCUUCACGAGCGAGUAAUUGGAGGCAAUAAUUUCAAGUGCCUCGUCCUAAUAUGUUUUAUUAUAUAUACACAUAUAUACGAUAAAAAAACGUAUUAAUAUAUUAUUAAUAUAUUAUAUACAUAUAUAUACAAUAUAUAUUCUAUGUGUAUAGAGGAACCUUCUUCCUGUGUACCAAUUCAUCAGAGCGGUCUUGCCCACUGGCAAUUGAUCAGUUAUUUUCCUUAUUCUCUAAAUGUAAACACGAACAUUUCACACACGCGCGAAAACUCUUUGUUCAGUAAAAUCUUUUAGUUUGAGAUGUGGCAAAAUUAAAUGCGUGCAAUAUUAAAAAAAAAAAAAUUGAUAAUACGUUAUUGCUAAACUUAAAGUCGGCGAGAACGAAUAUCGUUACCAAUGUGCAAGAUCCAAAAAAUAGGCGCAUUCGCAUUGUGGUUGGUUUACACAGAGCUAAUAUAAUACGCAUUCGCGUCUCAACAAGCUAUAACUUGUCAAAUUGAGACAUUCGAUUCGUAAAUUCACGACGGAUAUUUCGACCAUAAAUACCGGGGGGAACGGGACAUCGCAACUCUCUCCUCUUUGAAUAGAAAGUGCAGCAUUGACAAUCGACGUAAUAAGAGUUUCCUUUUACGAAAAAAAAGACAAAAAAAAAAAAA